AUGAGCAGGCCCGGAGAUUGGAACUGCAGAUCAUGCCAACACCUUAACUUCCAGAGAAGAGACUCUUGCCAACGAUGUGGUGAACCAAGAGCCGGUGACUAUGGACUUAGUUUCGUCGGUAGAAGCGGCAAUUCUUCAUUCGGAUUUACGGGCCCCGAUGUACGGCCUGGUGACUGGUACUGCGCAAUGGGGAACUGCGGAGCACACAACUUCGCCAGCCGCUCGAGCUGCUUCAAGUGCGGUGCACUUAAGGAUCAUGAAUCCUCCGGUGGUGGCGGCUUUGAGGCUGAGACAUCGCGGCCUAGAGGAUUUGGAUUUGGUGGCGGCAGUGGUGGCGGCCGUUCUGGAUGGAAAUCUGGUGACUGGAUUUGCACCAGGUCAGGAUGCAAUGAACACAAUUUUGCUAGCAGGAUGGAAUGCUUCAGGUGCAAUGCACCAAGAGAAUCCAAGUAG